GUGCUGUGGAGUAACGAAACGCAAAUUCAAACUUUGACAUUGACAGCUGAAAACAAAUGACACUUGUCAGUUUGCAGCACAGCUGACUUAAAUAACCUAAAAUUUAUGUAAACAAAUAGACAUAAUUUAGCAAAAUGCGGUAUUUAUCGCGACUAUUCCAGCCAGUUAUAACAAUACCAAAAAAUGCCGUCAUCAAAAACACCGAAAUUACCUGCAAAAGUCAAAGGCUACUUUUAGAAUGCGGUCUAAUCCGUCCCACCAGCUCCGGUCUGUUCACCAUACUGCCCAUAGCCAGGAGAGCUCUCAACAAGCUAGAGUCCCACAUCAUAGCCUGUAUAGAGGCUGCCGGAGCCCAGCGCAUGUCACUGCCAUCACUGACAUCCUCCACUCUGUGGGACAAGACGGGGAGGUUGGAGGAGGUGGGGCCAGAGCUCAUGAAGAUGGAGGACCGCCAUCAGAAGAAGUUCCUGUUGUCUCCAACUCAUGAAGAAGCUGUGGCGGACCUCCUGUCGGAUGUGGGACCAAUGUCAUAUAAACAACUACCACUCUUAUUAUACCAGAUAGGCAACAAGUAUCGCGACGAGCACCGCCCCAAGCACGGUCUGCUGCGCGCGCGGGAGUUCUCCAUGCUGGACGCGUACGGGCUGCACACCAGCGAGGACUGCGCCAGGACCAUGUACAGCAGAGUGUCGGACGCGUACGCGCAGCUGUUCAAGCGGCUGCAGCUGCCCGUGCACAGGGUGUCAGCGCCGCCGGGGUCGAUGGGCGGGUCCAUGUCCCACGAGUGGCAGCUGCCGGCGGCGGCGGGAGAGGACGAGCUGGCGACCUGCCCCCGCUGCCGCCAGGCCGCGCUGGACGGGGACCAGCGCUGCGAGACCUGCGGGGGCGCGCUGCAGUGGCUGCAGAGCGUCGAGGUGGGCCACACCUUCAUCCUGGGCACCCGCUACAGCCUCCCGCUGGGCGCGUUCUACACGCCGGGGACCGGGGGCCCGCAGCCCAUCCUCAUGUCGUGCUAUGGAAUCGGUAUUACUAGGUUGCUAGCGGCCUGCUUGGAACACCUGUCGACAGAUAAGAGCCUCCGGUGGCCCAAACUGAUCGCGCCCUACGACAUCAUCAUCAUAGGACCCAAGGAGGGCUCGUACGAGUGGCAGUCCAUAGGCUCUGACGAGAUGGACCGCCUGUAUGACGUCAUCGCGCACACGCAGCCCGACGCAGACAUCAUCAUAGACGACAGACACCACCUCACCAUCGGGAAGAGGCUCGUCAUGGCCGACAGAAUGGGAUACCCCACCAUCAUCGUGAUCGGCAAAGCCUACCUAGAGUCCCCGGCCCGCUACGAGGUGUACCGCAGUACUCGGCCGGACUUCGAAUCCGGGACACAGACCACGCCGUACAGCACCCCCGCUGCCCUACUGCUGACCGAGGCAGAGCUGUUAUCUCAUCUGGAAGGGAACGACGAACAAUUAAUAAAGUCUAGUGCUUAAA